UAACUAUUGCGCAUUGCGCUGCUACUCCAGACCACGUAAAAAAAAUCCCCCAAAAAAUCACAUUCAUUAUUUUCUUUAUGGAAAUAAACUUGCAUCCUCUUUUACACGUGUAAACUGGUUCAUGUACCAACACGAUGGCACACAUUCUCAGUCAAUUCACAGAGUCGGCUAAACGUCUGAUUGUUUUCCUGUGGCCCAGCUCUUGAGCGUUUCCAGAACUUCCCUUUAAGGGUGUGGGUCUAGCGGACUUAAACCAAUGGUGUGACUCGGCUUUCUGUGGGGGAAAAACGGCGACAUGCGAGGCAGUGGGUCUUUAAAGGAGCUGCUCUGCCCCUGUUCUCAAACUCAAUCUCGCAGGACUUGUUAGCGUAUCACGUGCCAGACUCUUAAUGAAGUGGACACACUGUUGGGCCCGGUGUGCGCAUGCGCUCGGUGUAAAAUGUAGUUGGAAAUGAGGUGUCCGUCUUGGAGUAGUCGACUUUUAAAAAGCAUCGGCAGCCCGUGAUAUGACGACUUCGCUGGUUCUGCAUCCACGCUGGGCGGACACCUUGAUGUACGUUUAUGAAAAAAGCCCGAAUGAAAGCAGCCAGAAUAAAAGCCAAACAAUGGAGGGACUGAGCGGUAAUUGCCCUGCGACCCACUGCAGGGACCUGAUGUCGCACCCUGCGCUGGGACGACAUUCUGGCUCCAUAGCGACCCACCAGGGCUCCGUCUACUCGGAUAUUUCCUCUCCGGAAAGCGGUCGGCAGUGCCCCGCUCCCCAAACGUCUUCGAGCGCGUCUCUCAGCUACGGCUACCCCUUCGGAAACCCAUAUUACGGCUGUAGAUUAUCCCACUCGCACAACGUGAACUUGCAGCAGAAGCCCUGCUCGUACCACCCCGCGGAGAAAUACGCCGAACCCAGUACGGCUCUCCCCACGGAAGAACUGUCUACCAGGCCGAAAGAGUUUGCUUUCUACCCGAGUUUCGCCAGCUCGUACCAGGCCGUCCCAGGAUAUCUGGACGUGUCGGUGGUGCCUGGAAUCAGCGCCCAUCCUGAGCCGCGACACGACGCCCUAAUCCCCAUGGAGGGCUACCAGCACUGGGCUCUCUCCAAUGGCUGGGAUGGACAGGUGUACUGCUCUAAAGAGCAAACGCAGUCAACCCAUCUCUGGAAAUCACCUUUCCCAGACGUCGUGCCCCUGCAGCCCGAGGUCAGCAGUUACCGUCGCGGGCGCAAAAAGCGCGUCCCUUACACCAAGAUCCAGCUCAAGGAGCUGGAGAAGGAGUACGCGGCCAGCAAGUUCAUCACCAAAGACAAGAGAAGGCGCAUCUCGGCCGCCACCAACCUCUCGGAGCGCCAGGUCACCAUCUGGUUCCAGAACCGGCGGGUCAAGGAGAAAAAAUUCGUCAGCAAAUCCAAGAACAAUCACAUCCACACCACUUGAUACAGACAGGGGCUGCACCUCGAAUCUUCCGAAAACAACACGGCAUCUGUUUACCUCUCGCAUCGAAAGAUCUUGACCGAAGAACA